UUUUUCGGUAAAAAAAUAUUGCACCUAAUUAUUGCUAUUUGGUAAUUAAGUUUUUCUAAAAUGUGAGUUUUAGGGGAGUGAAAGCCGAAUAGUUGUACUACCCAGUCUCGCCGGAGGAACUGAAGACACCAAAUUUUGGUCAUCGCAUCAUCAUGUCAAUUGAGAUUAAACUCUCCCGAUUCAAUCGUACUUAUCGCCCCGAUGAACCCCUGGAAGGCAAGAUUAUCACGAAGCUAAAUUCCGCAAUCUCCCACCAAUUUAUUCGCCUCACUGUUAAUGGCGCUGUCAAUUUGCAGGUUCGCGGGGGAUCAGCUGGAGUUAUCGAGUCCCUGUAUGGUGUCAUUAAGCCCAUUCCAAUUGUGAAGAAAGCUGUUGAUAUCCGAUCAUCUGGAAAAAUUGGAUCAGGUACGACAGAGAUACCCUUUUCUGUGAUUUUGAAAGAUCCGAAAGAAGAGAAUCUAGAAAAGUUCUAUGAAACCUUCCAUGGGGGCAAUGUUAGCAUUCAGUAUCUGAUAACUGUAGAUGUUGUGAGAGGAUACUUGCACAAACCUUUGUCGACGACGAUGGAAUUCAUUGUUGAAAGUGAAAAAGACAAUCUUCCUCAGAAACCAGUUUCUCCAGAAAUGGUUAUCUUUUAUAUUACUCAGGACACCCAACGGCAUACAUUACUUAGUGAACUUAAAUCAGGUGGUUUCCGGGUCACAGGGAAAGUAUGUACACAAUGUUCACUGUUGGAUCCUAUUGGUGGAGAGUUAACUGUUGAAGCAUCUGCUGUUCCUAUUCAAUCCAUUGACAUCCACUUAAUCCGGGUGGAGUCAAUUUUGAUUGGGGAAAAAAUAGCAACUGAAUCCACUUUGAUACAAACAACUCAGAUAGCAGAUGGAGAUGUUUGUCAUGGCAUGACUCUGCCUAUUUACAUCAUUCUUCCCCGUCUCUUGACUUGCCCAACCAUUUUUGCUGGUCCAUUUUCAGUAGAGUUCAAGGUUAGCAUUGUGAUAACUUUCUCGUCAGUUCUAUCUAAGAAGCACUCGAAAGCUGACCCAAAAGCCACUAAACCAUGGAUGGCAAUGGAAAGUGUGCCAUUAGAACUGGUGCGCACAAUAUGAUAUUAAACGAGGUUUAUGAAUUUAAAUUUUCAAGGAGGUGGGUUUUAUUAGAUACAUCAAGCAUUAGUCACCCUGAGGCACCAACCAAAGAGGUCAGAUUUUCAGGACCUGUACUUGCGUAAAAGAUUAACAUUAGUUUGUUGUUUUUCUGAUUAUGAGAAUCUAGCCCAGCCCUUAAUGUGCUAUUUGAUUAUAAUCUUCAUCAUAUACUAUUUCUUUUAUAUUAAUAUUA